CUCGUUGUCUCUGCCCCCCCCCCCCACCAUUAAGAGACCCCGGAGCGGGGCCCCCCUCGACUCGCUGCCCAGGGCUCUGCGUGCGGCGACCACAGGACACGGGAGGCCGCAUGCGAAGCCAGGCUCCCUCGAUGGGGCGAGUCACGCUUGUGCCGCUCCCCGUGCCUUCCUGCGCCAAGUUCAGCAACCAGCCCGACAUCGCCUCCAACAAGAUCCUCAUACUGGAAUUGACUGAAUGGUUAUGUAUAUGGAUUUUUAAUAAACACUAAGAGAAGUAAUUUUAAUUCGAGUUAAUCCUUUAAGCUUCUGCACCAAGCCAAGCUUAGCAUUCUUAUUAAAACGCUCGUUCGCCGAGAGCGAGAAUCGUACGUCGCUAGGGCGAGCGGCGGAGGGAUCCGCUGGGUUUGCUCGGAAGAAAGCACGAGGGAAGCGGAGUUUGGGGGAAGGGGGGGGUAGAGGGGGGGGGCGACAAGAUGGAAGAAGCCCUCCUGGAUGGGGCGUCCAACCGCAAGCAUCGGCGGAACCCGGAGCCGCCCGCGGGCGUCAACCGCAACAGCCGCAAUAACAACCACGGCGGCGGCGGCGGCGGCGAUGAAGCCAGAGGCAACGGUCGCGUGCAGGACGGCGCCGCCCGCUCGCCAUCUGAAGGAGACGCGACGAUGGCGUUGUUGGGAAGAGGAGGAGGAGGUGGUGGGGACGAGGCGGAGAAAGCGGUGGAGCCCUGGCCCGGCAAGGAGAGCGGCAGCGGCGUGGCCGCCGUGCCCGGCGGGGAUGGGGAUGAGUCUGAGAGCGACAGCGACAGCUCGGUGGAGGAGCUGCCCCUGCGCCAGUGGGUGAUGAACGGCGCCAUCACCUUCGGGCGGGAGUUCUGCUACGCGGUGGACACUGCGCUCGUCACGCCCGUGCUGCUCACCAUCGGCCUGCCUGAGCAGUACUACUCGCUCACGUGGUUCCUCAGCCCCGUGCUGGGUCUCAUCUUCACGCCGCUCAUCGGCUCGGCGAGCGACCGCUGUACCCUGCGCUGGGGCCGGCGCCGCCCGUUCAUCCUCGUGCUCAGCAUCGGCACGCUCAUCGGCAUCAUGCUCUUCCUCAACGGCGCCAACAUCGGGCUGGCGGUGGGCGACGUGCCGGGCGAGCAGCUCGUGGGGAUCGUGGUGACGGUGCUCGGGGUGGUGCUCCUGGACUUCUGUGCGGACGCCGCAGACGGCCCGGUGCACGCGUACCUCCUGGACAACGCCGACACGGAGGAGCAGGACCGCGCGCUCAGCAUCCACUCGCUUGCCGGCAGCCUGGGCGGCGCGCUGGGCUACAUGAUGGGUGGCAUCGACUGGACGCACACGCCGCUGGGCCUCGCCUUCCGCUCGCAGCAGCAGGUGCUCUUCUUCUUCACGUCGCUCGUGUUCACCGCCUCGCUGCUGCUGCACCUCUUCAGCAUCCCCGAGGAGGUGUACACGGGGCCCGUCAGCGACGAGGGCUCGUCGCGCGCCAUCAACUCGGCCCGCGCCAACUCCUCGCUGCAGCCGAACCUCGAAGAGGGGGAGGGGGCGGCUACCGACGCCGCCGACGCGGCGGCGGCGUCGUCGUCGCGCGACCCGGAGUGCGGCCUCGACGACCGCGACCUGGACGACGAGUCGGGCGGGCCGGCGGGCGACGGCGGGCGCUCGCAGGCGCUGUCGUGCCUGUUCGCCGACGAGGUGCGCUCGAACCACGAGGUGUACAUGGGCCGCGACGACGACGACGACGUCCACGAGGCCGAGCUGCUACGAUCGCAGAGCGACUCGGUGCUGCACAUGGGCGACGUCGGCUCCGAGCUGCUCUACCUCGGCUGCAUGGAGCCCUCCGAGUUCGACGGCCCCUUCAUGACGCCGGCGCACGCCACGGCCGAGGCCGCCCGCAGCAACGACAGCCUGGCCGGCGCCGCGGAAGACCGGGAGGGAAGCGACGCCCCGUUCCUGCUGCCGCCGCUGGACGACGCGGGCGCCGGUGGCGAGCUCCUGGGGGUCGCGGCGGACGGAGGAGUGGGGGACGGGCGCCGCCUGGCCAACGGGACCAAGGCGAAGGGAAGGCCGCAGCAGCAGCACGGCGUGGGGCUGAGGCCCCGCUCGGCGUCCAUGCGCCGGCGGCACCAGCAGUUCUACCAGCGGCAGGCGACGUACGACUUCUACGCCUACUCGGGGCGGCUGGGGUCGCACCGCUACCGGCACCGGCGCGCCAACGCCUUCCUGCUCAUCAAGGCGUCGCGCAGCCUCAACGACCUCUACGAGCUGCAGCGGCGACAGCGCAUGAGGAUGCAGCAGCGCACGAGGCUGCGGCACGCGAGCAGCGCGACGGAGGAGAGCGAGGGCAGCGAGUCGAGCGACGAGGUGGAGAUGGAGAUGUCCGUGCGCCUGCUGUGGCUCUCCAUGUUCAAGAUGCCGCGGCAGCUCCUGCGCCUCUGCCUGUGCCACCUCAUCACGUGGGUGUCCAUCAUCGCCAUGUCUGUCUUCUACACCGACUUCAUGGGCCAGGUGGUCUUCCAAGGCGAGCCUACGGCCCCCCACAACUCGACGGAGCUGGAGAACUACAACAAGGGGGUGCAGUAUGGCUGCUGGGGCCUCGUCAUCUACGCCGCCACGGCCGCCCUGCUCUCCGGCCUGCUGCAGCGCUACACAGUCCACCGGGACGUGAGCCUCAAGCUGCUGUACAGCGUCGGCACGCUGGGCUUCUCGCUCGGCAUGGCCGUGAUGGCUGCAGUGCCCAACCUGGCCGUGUCCAUGACGAUGAUCGGCACCAUGGGGCUGCUCUACGUGGUGCUGUCCUACUGCCCCUACGCCAUGCUGGGCUUCUACCACGAGGACGAUGAGUACGUACGGCACAGCCCCGGCGGCACGCGGCGCGGGCUGGGCAUCGACUGCGCCAUCCUGUCGUGCCAGGUGUACAUCUCCCAGAUCCUGGUGGCGGCCGGCAUCAGCGUGGUGAUCGACGCGUUCGACACCGUGCGCUCCGUGCCCGUCGUCGCCUCCGCCGCCGCCUUCCUCGCCUUCCUCGCCGCCACCUUCAUCCUCAUCUACCCGGACGACGACGACGAGGAGGAGGAGAAGGAGAAGGAGGAGGGGAAGGAAGGGAGGGCCCAGGACGGCACGGGAGGAGGGAAGGGAGGCGGCGGCGGCUGUGCGCAGGAAGAGCGGCGGAGGAGGGCGCCGGCCACGCUGCAGCUGCGGCGCAAGCCUGGCAAGGGGGUGGAGGUGGAGGUGGAGGAGGCGGCGGCGGUGGUGGCGCCGACACCAUCGGCGGCGGCGCUGCAGCUGGAGACG